CAAAGUGAUAUUAAUUCUCGUUUGGUGUCUCUCAAAAACAAAAAAACAAAAAAAAAAUCAUCUGGUUUGUUGUGCUGCCGCAGACACUCACUAGAAAAGAAGAAGAGAAAAAUUCACUGAGAUUUAUUAAAAUAUACGUACAAUUCUCUGACGUUGUCAGUUCUCAGAUUCUCCUCAAACAAGCUGCAUUGAUACGAUGAUCAUCCAAGGUUGUUCGUCACAGCCCAUUUCAGCAAGAAACUGCUUCUCCAACUUGUUUUUGUUGCCAAAUCCGAACAAAUAUAGUUUCAAGAAGAGGAUUACAACAUCGAAGCAUGAAUUGGAUGUCAACUAUCGUUUGAAGCCACCGUCGACAAAUUUCAGGAUUCAAGCAUUAGAAACAGAAGCCAACAAGCUGGAUGGUGCAAUAGCAGAAGGUUUGAGAACAAAGUCGCAGUAUGAUCAUCUUAUAUGGCCUUCUCCGAAUGAUGAAGUUCCAUUCUGGAAGAGAGAGUUUCCGUCUUGGGACAUCAGCAACAGCGACCAUGUUGACAUCCAGAAGGAUUCCGACCCUAUGCAUAUUAUUCAUGUCACAGCUGAAAUGGCACCCAUUGCUAAGGUAGGAGGUCUUGGCGAUGUUGUGACUGGGCUAGCCCGUGCAUGUUUGAUGCGUGGCCAUACAGUGGAAGUCUUUCUACCAUUCUAUGAAUGUAUCAACAAACAGCAUAUCAAAGAACUAACAUUGACCAGUACGUAUGACUCGUAUCAUGAUGGGAGCUGGAUCCCCACUAACGUCUAUCGUGGAGUAGUUUUUGACAUUCCAGUGGUAUUUAUCGAACCAUCCAACCACUUCUUCAAGGGACAAAGCGUGUAUGGAGGUUCAUACAAUGAACUGGAAGCAUAUUUAUUCUUUAGCCGUGCCUGCCUCGAAUGGCUGCAGGUCUCUGCAACUCAGCCUGACAUUGUUCAUGUCCAUGAAUGGCAGACUGCUGGUUUGCCAUUGCUCUACUGGGAUAUGUAUCAGUAUCUUUCCCUUCAGAAUCCGCGAAUUGUGUUGACAAUCCAUAAUAUGGAGCACUAUGGAGAAUGCAGGCAAGAGCAAUUGAGCAAGUGCGGUCUUGAUGGAUCUAUAUAUGCGACUGUAGAGAAGGCUAUGGAUGAUAGAACUAUUGGGCACAACCCUGAGAGAUUAAGUUUGCUGAAAGGAGGCAUUGUCUACAGCAAUGCUGUAGUUACAGUAUCUCCAACAUAUCUCAAUGAAACACUUUGCUCGGGAUGGCUUGCUGCAACACUGAUACGACAUCGUGACAAGUACUUCGGUAUUUUGAACGGAAUAGAUACUGCAAUUUGGAACCCUGCAACAGAUGCAUUCUUGCCUGCUAAGUUUGAUGCUAACAAAAUGGAAGGGAAAAAGAUCUGCAAGCUUUUUGUGCAAAGAGGGCUUGGUUUGCCUCCAGAAGCACGGGACUCUGCUAAGGUGCCCCUGGUGGUCUGCAUCACUAGAUUAGUUGCUCAGAAAGGUCUUCAUUUGAUUACUAAUGCAAUCAGACAUGUAGAAGCCCUCGGUGGACAAAUGGUUAUUUUGGGGACUGCUCCAGAUGCUCGAGUUGGAAGCGAAUUUGAAGGUCUUGCCCAGCUGCAUAACGAAGGUCCCAGCAUUCGGAUUCUUCUGAUGUAUAGCGAGGAGCUGUCCCACAUGCUCUAUGCAGCUGCGGACAUUGUGUUGGUUCCAUCUAUAUAUGAGCCAUGUGGACUUUCUCAGAUGAUUGGGAUGCGCUACGGAGCGGUUCCCCUGGUCAGAAAGACUGGUGGUCUUGCAGACACAGUUUUCGACAUGGAUAAUCAGUCUCAUUUUGAGAUUGCAAAUGGCUUUGUCUUCGAAGGGAUCGAUGAAGGAUCCUUGAACUGUGCUCUGGAUCGUGCAUUUUCUUUUUACCGAGAGAAGCCUGAUGAAUGGAGGGCCACAGUGAAGAAGGUUUUGCAGAUGGAUAAUAGCUGGAACAAUGCAGCAGGGAAGUAUAUUGACGUCUAUAACAGUGUGAGAGUCAGACAUAAUUGAAAAUAUUUCGAGUCCAUGUACACCUUCUGCACUCGUCAAUAAAACAACCAAUCUUUAUACUAUAAAUAAAUUGUGCAUGUGUGUUAA